GGACAUGAGAAGGGCCCUACUGGAUCAGACCAAAGCUCUGUCUAGCAACAUCCUGUUUUCUAAAGCGGUCAACCAGAUGCCUCCUGGAAGGCCGGAAGCAGGACAUGUGGACAGACAGCCCUCUCCUGCUGCUCUUUGCCAAUAAUUUGUAUUUAAAGGCAUAGUGCUUCCAAACCUGGAGGUAACAUAUAGCCAGGGGUCAAAUAAUGUUGGCAGAAUUUGCCAGCCACCCAGAAAUUGUCAGAUGAUUUGUCGAGCUAUGUUGGUAUAUUAGUCGUUGGACAUCACUUUUCACUCAUCGCGGACAAAGGAAAUCCCACUGUUUGUGAAUAAUCAGAUAUCGGAAAACAAGUGUUCAUCAUGGCUGAGUUGUCAGCUGAAGAAAUUCAACUGAGGGCUCACCAGGUUACAGAUGAGUCAUUGGAAAGCACACGAAGGAUUCUUGGCUUGGCCACUGAGGCCCAAGAUACAGGAAUUAAAACCAUCACCAUGCUAGAUGAACAAGGAGAACAGCUAACCCGUAUAGAAGAAGGCAUGGAUCAGAUAAACAAAGACAUGAGAGAAGCUGAGAAGAACUUGACAGAACUCAACAAGUGUUGUGGUCUCUGUGUUUGUCCCUGCAAUAGAACGAAGAGUUUUGAAUCUAGCAAGUCAUAUAAGACUACUUGGAGCGAUGGUAUGGAGAAUGCAUCAGAUCAUGUGGUGUCUAAACAACCAGGGCGUGUCAUAGAUUAUCAGCAACAAACCUCAGGAGGGACAACGGGAGGAUACAUCACACGGGUAACAAAUGAUGCCAGGGAAGAUGAAAUGGAGGACAACUUGGUUCAAGUGGGAAGUAUCUUAGGAAAUCUGAAACAUAUGGCUCUGGAUAUGGGCAAUGAGAUUGAUUCACAAAACAAGCAGAUAGACCGGAUAAAUGAGAAGGCUGAAACCAACAAAGCCCGUAUUGAGCAAGCCAAUGCAAGGGCCGAAAAACUCAUCAGCAACUGAUAGCCUGCUGACAGUCUAUUGUCCAACUGAAAUGCCACAAAACUUCCUCAUUUUCCAAAGAAGAGGGGUAGCAGAAUUCAAAUAGGGAAAUGAAGCAGGACCUGUAUUAUAAGGCUUCUUUUUUUACAUGUGUACAGAUCUAAUUUUGAGAAUCCAGGAAAUCAACAGAACAAAUUCUGCCUCCUUACCCUUUUUUCACAUAUCCUCAGGGCUUUGUUUUCUGACUUAGUAUCUUUCCAUGGUCCCUCGUUUCCUUUAUUCCUCUUUUGCAGCUGAUUGGUAGAGUCUGAGGCAACAAUUAAGCAAAGACUGAGAGGCUUUAUUAUAUACCAGGUUUAAUUACCUCACUAAAUGUUGCAUGUCCUCACUAAAAUUGUGAAAUAGUUAUGUUCCUGAACUGCUGCCCAGUUUUAUGAGAUACUUAAUUUCUCUAGCAAACCAUAUAUGAGGGAGGGGUGGUAGUAGCUGGAACAUGUGGUUGAGUUACUGCUGUUUUGGGGCAAGGGGCUUUAAAGUACAUAAUUGUUUACAUACAAGAUGUAAGUUGGGAAAUGUGUGGGAAUUCACAUUUGGAUGUAGAGGUAACUACCAAAGAUGUAAUCAAAUCCUGAAUUUCAUGUAGGUGUGUACAACUCUCGGAUCCCUUAAAGGAGCUGUUUACUAUCAUCCACCAACCUAAAUUUCUGCUCCUUCCAGAGGUACAUUAUGGGGACCUUGAGGGGUUCAUCACCACACAGCACUUGAGCUUUUGAUCCUCUGGAUUUAUCCUUAAGCAUUCUUUGGAAAGUUUCCUAAAGAUUGGAAGCAGGCAGGGCCUUGUCAUGACUUGCCAACAGAUCCACAGUUUGCUGCCAUCCCCACACACACACUGUGCGCUCCCAGGUAAUCACAAUCUGAAGUCUGGGAGCCAGCAAAGGGAGCAGGACUGGCUGCAUGGACUUUCUCCUACUCUGGAAGAACAGCCCAUGUCAGCCAAUGGGCUGGCACUCUGCAGGAGGAGUUUUCUCCCUUACCUGUGGUUUGGGGUGAAAUCCCAAUCUGGAUGUAAUGGAGGGAGGGAAUGGACCCUCAGUUGGGUGAGUGGAACUUGCUGCAAACUGAGGGUUCAUUCCCAGGUUUGGAGACAAACUCGGAAUUGCGGUUGGAUCUAAGAACCAUGGUUCCGAUAAUACGGACAUCAUGGGGAGCCAACUGGAGAAGAGUUCACUUCUGGUUCGGUGUGAUGUCUGAAAGCAGCCUAAAUGAACGUUAAUUUAUUACUGUUUCCUAAAGAAAUGCACCUCUCCAGUCUAUACAACCUGGUUGAAGAAAAACCCACAUAUGAAGAAACUUAUUUUGGUAAUCAAAACAAAUCUGUAGGAUUUGGGGGCAUAUGUCCAAAAUAGAGCACCACCCAAUGGGGACUAAAGCUCUGCUUAUUAUAGUGAGUUAGCUGCUCUUCCUCUGUUCUUAAAUUGUUUGGGGCACUUGACUAGAUAGUGUGUGCAUGAUUAUUUUUUCUUUAGGUAGCAUUCAUUACAAAAGAGCUGUCUUGUGUCCAGCUGGAACCAUAUGUAUAGAUAUUUCAUCUUCAAGGCUGUAUGAAAUGUUACUUAAAUCAAUGCUGAAAUAUAGCUUUGUCAUAGCUUCUGUGUUUGUUUUUAAGACUGAACUUGUUCUUGAUGUAUAUCACAACUCUUAAAAUUUGCUGUAGUGUAAGCCUACACUACAUAGCAUGACUCACUAAAUUUGAACACAGUCCAUCAGCUGUGUAUUAUGACUUUCUAAUCUUGUGCAUAUAGAAAGGCCUGAAACCCCAGAGAGACUCCAUGCAUGGAUGUUAGUGGAUUGCAAUUAGCUUUGGUGGGUGGCAUAGUGAACACUUGGCAUAUAAGCUAUUGGGGUUCACUUUAUUUCCAGAUGAAGGUGUUUGAUUAGCUUUCCUGUAAUACAUGAACAUGAUGAUUUGGCUGCAGAACUUGUUCAAUAAAUGAUGUUAAAGCUUUAGUUUACUCAUCUAAGAAUCCACCAAACUGCAUGGGUAUUUUUAAUAGGUUUGUGUCUUUCAAGAUGUUUAACUCAAUAUUUUUCAUCUUUUAAACCACCCCCCAAUAAAAUGGUAAUUUAAGGGUGGAGGGAGUAGUUCCAACUUAUACAUGGUUAGCAGAAGAAUGUAUGUAUAUACUUCUCAUUAAUCUUUAAAUGCUCAGAUAGAACUGACUUGCUUUUAAAACUGCCAGGGAGAAGGGCAAAACAAAUUGGCUUAUUGUAUUGUCAGUUUGAUUAAAUAAGGUACCAAUUUUUCUCUUUACAAAUCAAUUCAGACUGAGCCAUACCUUUUGUAAAAAAGCAGUCUUGUAUGUAACUACCUGUCCAGUUUUCUGUGGAGGUAGAAAACUUGCACAUUGAUCUUAAUUUUGGUUUUAGUAAUAGCAAAACACAAACUCAAAGCAGAAAAUGUUUGAUAAUUACUUUAGGAAUGGAAGAAGAAACAUGUUAAUCUGGCAGUAAAACAGUCCCCUCUUAAGCUCUAUCUGUUCUUGACUUGCUACUAUUGUGUCACCAAGCUAUUCUCAUGUCUCUAGUAAAACAUUACUUAUUUAAUGUACAUUCCUUCACUGUAGACUAUCUUUAAAACUGUACAUUUUUCAGUGUGACAAAGCACUUGAUUUGGGUAGCAAAAUUUUGAGCUUUUGUUAUUGUGAACGGCUGGAUUGAAGAAUUUUAAUAACUUAGUGUCCCAGAGCAAUCUGUACUGAAAGGCAAUUUUUCUGUUUAAGCUAUAGUGUUUGAAUACCUCUGGUUUUCUUCAUUAUACUUGCUGGACUGAAUAAACCUAACUUAUGAAUGUC